CUUUCAGACGCUUUGGUGACUACACCGUUCGCUCGUUCGACCAUUGGCUGCGUUCCUUUCCAUCUUUUAUGGAACACAUUGACACACACUCUCUUGGACAUCAAAUUCCUCAAUCCUAUCUGAAAGACUUGGCCACAGAAUCUAGGAAGAUGACUGCCAUUUUCUUCGCCCUAUGGACUCUUCCGUUUUGUAUUAUGCAAGUGGAUGCAAAGGCUGUCUUUGCUCAUUUCAUGGUGAGAUCAUCAGUUCAGAUACUAAAAGCCAAUUACUCAUCAUCACGGGUUGGGAACACUGAGAACUAUGCGAUGAAAGACUUUGAAUACGAUGUCUCGCUGGCUCAACAAGCGCAUAUUGAUGGGUUUGCCCUCAACAUAGCCUAUAGAGAGGCCACCAACGCAGGAAGCGUCAACAUGAUGUUUAAUGCAGCCCAGACGGCCAGGUUCAAGCUCAUCUUAUUUGACUACGCCGACUGGGGUCCCUGGCCUUAGCAAAAUGUCAUUAAUAUAUUAAACGUCUACUUAGAUAGCCUGGCCUACUUUUAACAUUCAACUGGUCAGCCCUUAGUUUCUACCUUUAAAGGCCCUAGACAGUCUAAGGACUAGGUCUAUAUAAAAGAGCAAACUAAUGCCUUCUUUAUACCCUCCUGGUCUUCACUUAGCGCCAAGCGCACAAUAAAGAAGAAUAUUACUAACAGACUCUUUACCUAGGG